GGCGGCGAGAGGAGAGCAGCCAGCGCCGGUGAGUGUGUGCGGGCGCGGGGCCGAGGCGCCCCGCCUUCCCCGACCCCCCGCCUGCUCCCGGCGCCGCCGCCCUCACCUGCGCGCUCCCGCCGCGCCCGGCUCCCCGCACCUGCGCCCGCGCCGCGGAGCCGGGGGUCCUGGCGCCCCGCUCGCCCGGCCCGGCCUCCUUGGAGCAUCUUCAGCCCGAGCUGCGCCCGCCCGCCCGCUGCCCCUGCCAGUAGCUGAUUAUUAUGGAGAACUAUUAUUGAAGAGAGAUCCAUUUGUUGGCAUGUAAUAAAGAAAGAAUGAAUCAAGAUAAAACCUCUAAAUGCAAGUACCAGAAAAAUUACAACACAUCACAGUGAAUUUGCAAGUGGUAUAGAAGUAUCUUAACUUUAAGAGGCUCAUUAUUUUAUUAACACUCAACUGAAAAAAGCCUUGAUAGUAAUAAGAUUAAUUGGUCUUCAUUCAACAAAUUUAAUUAUUUUGGAUUGUCUUUCCUGUGGGUUGGCAGGCAGUUGUAGGACUGCAAAAUGGGUCUCCGGAUUCACUUUGUUGUUGACCCACAUGGUUGGUGCUGCAUGGGUUUGAUUGUCUUUGUCUGGUUAUACAAUAUUGUUAUAAUUCCCAAAAUUGUCCUCUUUCCUCACUAUGAAGAAGGACAUAUUCCAGGCAUAUUAAUAAUAAUAUUCUAUGGCAUUGCCAUAUUUUGUCUGGUUGCCUUAGUAAGGGCCUCAAUAACUGAUCCAGGAAGACUCCCUGAAAACCCUAAGAUCCCACAUGGAGAAAGGGAGUUCUGGGAAUUAUGUAACAAGUGUAAUUUGAUGAGACCAAAGCGUUCCCACCACUGCAGCCGCUGCGGUCACUGUGUUAGGAGAAUGGAUCAUCACUGUCCAUGGAUUAACAAUUGUGUUGGUGAAGAUAAUCAUUGGCUUUUUCUGCAAUUGUGUUUCUACACUGAACUUCUUACUUGCUAUGCACUGAUGUUUUCUUUCUGCCACUAUUAUUACUUUCUUCCAUUAAAAAAGCGUAACUUGGACCUCUUUAUUGUUAGACAUGAAUUGGCCAUAAUGAGACUAGCUGCCUUUAUGGGCAUUACUAUGUUAGUUGGAAUAACUGGACUCUUUUAUACUCAACUAAUUGGCAUCAUCACAGAUACAACAUCUAUUGAAAAGAUGUCAAACUGUUGUGAAGAAAUAUCGAGGCCCCGAAAGCCAUGGCAGCAGACCUUCUCAGAAGUUUUUGGCACUCGUUGGAAGAUCCUGUGGUUUAUUCCUUUCAGGCAGAGGCAACCACUGCGAGUUCCCUACCACUUUGCCAAUCACGUCUAAACAGAUGGAUGGUGGGCACAGAUGGGUCCUCCAUGCUGGAAAUGCGUUACAGGUUUUCUGAUAAUAGAACGAUGACAGUCUUCAAGUCAAUUAAAAUCCACCCACCAAUCUUAGGCAUCAUAAUGUGCCCCAGGCUUCAUUUUAAUAGUGAUCUUGAUCCUGUUGUGGGAGUAACACAAGAUCUAUAUUUAAGUUUCAAAGCAUGUUUACUUUCAAAUUAGCUUUCCACGGGGAUUUCUUAAAGUGCUUUUGUUAUUAAACUCAAAAGGCAGUGAUUGGGAUGAAAUAAUUGUACAUAAUUUCUUUUAGCACUGACAAUAUUACAGAUUUUAAUUUAUGGGAAUUUUCAGAUGUUUAUUUAAAAUUUUCACUCUUGAGCAGUACUAAUCAAAUCUGAAUUUAAUUCUUCAGCUUUUACAAAAGGUUUUACACCUUAUAUGUGAAAUUUCUUUUUCAAGUACAGUUUAAAAUAUGUUAAUACUUUUAUAUAUGCUGCAAGAUUUUUUUUAAAUGCAGCAUAGGAUUGAACAACAAAAAAAGGGCAGUGUUUUCUUAGUAGCUUUCUAAUGGUUUCUCUUCACCAAAAACAAAAUACCACUAAAAUAAAGCACCAACUAUCUACCUUAUGUUAAAGGAAAGAUUAAAUGUUUUUCCAUGUUAAUUUUUCUGUUUCUUUUCCCUGUACUGUUGUAAGUAUUGAUUGUUGUUAAUAUAUUUGUUCUGAGAAGAAAACUUUGACUAAGUGGGCAUGUAUUCCUAUUUUACCCUAAGAUUUUGGUGAGCAAAUGGAUAGAGAAUUUGCAAUAAUUCCACAGAUAUCUUUUCUAGUGCAGUUAUACCAGAAUGUGUGUUUUUAAAAUGCUAAUAUAACUAGAAAAUAUAUAAUGUACAGUAUAAAAAGGAAUAUUGUGCUUUUGAAAAAUAUAUAUACUUUUUGCUUUUAUUUACCUACUAGUAGAUCUAAAAUUAUACAGUGAAGAUUUAUAUAUAAUAAAUAUUGGCCAACUAUUCCUGAAACAAAACUACAGGAAAUUGCUAGUAAAAGUAAAUAACUUUUGUGUACCUACAAUCAAUCAGCCAAAUUGAAUUUAAAUUUUAAUGGGCCAACUAUAAUUUGGAUUGAGAGACCUUUUUUUGUAGCUAAUGUUAGGAAAUAGCCUUAAAAUAAGAAAAUAUAAUGAUCUACAUUUAUCAUUAGCCUUACACAAAUUUAAAUUGCUAACAGUGAUGGUCUCUUAGAAAGCAUAGAACAUUUGUAUAAAAAGAACUUUAGCAUACUUAGAAAAAAAAUUCAGCUUUAACGUUUUCUCCAUUAGAAUACUGCAAAAUCCAUAUAUCUUUUUUGAAAAUUUAUGUACUCACAGUCUUUCUUUUGAAUCUUAGAGAAGAUUGAAGGGGUCUACUGUUCUUGGAACAUAUCAGUAGUUUCCUUUUACUUAGCUUUGAUGGUAGGGAAUCAUACCUGAGAAAUCAUGAAACAGAAAGUUGCCAUAUCAGCCAGUUAACUGUAUUGUGGUUAGUUCUUUCAGAAACUAUCUUCUAAAAUAAUAGAAUUAGCUGUUCUCAGAAAUAUAAGUGCCAUGUCUUACAUGUUCUGAUAUAAUGCUUUAUUAUUUAAAAGUAUAGAAGUGGCAGAUGAAAAUAUGUAUUGGUGCUGAUAAAAUGCAUAGUAAAUUUAAUAUGAGAAAUUUAUUUGUAGAGCUUAAUGAACCACAAAAUUAGUAUGUUCAUGUCAUGGAAAUGGGUUGGGGUUUGUGCAAGCUAACAUAUUGAUCAAAUUUGGCCUGAUGGGGGAACUGUUUUAAGGAAGUAAUAUAUAGAUGAUACAGAUAGAUAUCAAUUGAUUGCUCUGCCUAUAACUGGACCUUGAGAAAACAGUGAAGUGUGAAGUGAAGAUCCCUUAAAGAGCGUUAUAUCCCUUAAAGGCACAGUUACACUUCAUAUAGUACUAGUUACCUUGAAAGUACUAGUUACCUUGAAAGGUACCUGGGAGGUAUUCAGAGCCAACUGCUUCCUCAGUAAUGAGAACCAGAGGUGGUCCCUUUCCCACUCUAAGGGGGUUUUGUUUUUCUUAGAUUUACCAUUUCUAGGGCACAUUCUCUUUCCUCUUUAUACCCUCGCUGAUCGAUCCCUCUACCUGAUUCCCCUGGUACUGGAAUACAAACUAACACACUAGGCAAGGCAGAUAUUUAUUUUGUUUGAAUGAUAGAAAUGCUACGUAUCAAUAUAUUUAUAUAAGAUUCUAUAUUAAUGUAUAUCUAUAUAUACAUGUGGUUUAAUCUUCAGUAUUCUCAAAUUAGCACGCCUAACUGUGGGUUUAGUCCUUGUUAGACAACUUGAGAAAAACCAGCGGGUAGUUUCCUAGGGAGUGUCUGAACUCUAGUGCUCUCUCUGCGCCCUCUUUUGGCUAAUUGGUGUAAUUAUACUGGCUCUAGAGACUUACUGGCCCACAAGUAAAUUUUAUGGCCAAAUUCUAAACCUGUCAGAGGUACAAGCUUAGGGGAGUGUAUGUGCAAGGCUGUUAUAUUUUAUGAAAAUUAAUGUGUUCCUGUUUAUGAUGAUAUAGUUCAUACAAAAUGAUGACUAGUUUGCUUCAUUUCUGUAUGUUCAUAUAUAUAUAUUUGCUGUCAUUUACAAGUUUAUAUCAGAUUAGGAUAAACAAAUGUAAACAUUUCAUGAAUUUUUAUUUUAAACCUUAUUUUGGCAAAUUAAGUCUUUAGAAUUAGAAAAGUCAUUACUUUAAAAUUACCAAUUUAUUAGGAAACACAGAAAUCUAUUGUUACAGUGGUAAGCAAGUAUCUAGUGUGUUUUACUGAGUAUCUAAAAAAUACAUUUAGUGUUUUUAAUCUCAGUUUUGGAAUGAUUUUUUUUUUGAUGAUUCUGUUACACUAAAAUAAUGAGAUUAGUAAUUUUUUUAAUUCUUUUUAAGCGUUCCUACUCAGAGUUAUUGGAUGAAAUAGUUCCUUAUAAACAUUACAUUUGAAGCAAUAUGUAUUUUAAAGGAUAUUUUACUAAGCAAAGUCCUUAAUUGGACUUCUGGAGAUGAGUUUUAUGUAGAUAUUAUAUAUUACACCUCUUGAACAAUUAUAUUUGUUGUUGUUCUUUUCCUUAAACAAAAAAUGUUUAUGGGCUGAAGAUUGUAAGCAGAAAUUGACUGAGUUCGUAUUCCCCAAACAGUAGGCAUUCAGUUAAAGUGCUUUUGGUACUUUGUAACCAAGACUUACAGUUUAAAAAUACUAAGUUAAUUGUUCCAUUAUAAAAAAAAUACUGUUUUGCUUAAGAGUUGUAUUAAAAAUAUUUGUGGUUAACAUGAGAUAGCUAUAUUUAAAUUUCUAGUUUAUGUAUUAAUCUCUUUAACAGAAGAAAACAAAGUAUACUUUUAAUAGUAAUAGUGGUAGAGAACAUCAGCUACAUAACAUUCAGUAAAAUGAUGAAGUUAAAACUUCUGUGAGAAUGAACAUCAGUAAAUGUUUGCUAAUGUUUAGAGGUAUUUUUCUCUAAGUAUGGUAGCUAAUUAUAACUAUACUUCAUCAGGCUUUUUCAAGACACUUCUGUACAAGCAAUUAGUUGAAGAUAUGUUUCAACCAAAAGGGCUUAUUAAUUCUGAAAGCUAACUAUGAAGACUUAAGUUAGGACAACACUUCUAGCCAGGAAGUGUGAAGUAAUUUAGAUUAUGGCCACACAGCCUUUUAUGUGUUAGGUCAUGGGGCAGUUUGAGUGUUCUCACAUGAAUUGCUAUAAAAUCUCAAUGUGUCCAGCCCUGGUUUACAAUGGCAUGAAUAUUAACACAGCUGCUAGUCUCUCUCUCUGUUUUUCUCUAGUCUCCAAUGGCUUCCUGUAUGCUUCAUGGAGAAGUAGAUCACCUAGCUCAAGUUUACUGUACUUUAGCUGCUUCAUUCAAUAAGUUUUUUACAUGACUUCUAAUAUACAUAGAUCUACCUAGAAUUUAUUUGGUGAAGUUUAUACUUAACAAUCAUUAAAUAAUUUACUAAUAGAUACAGGGAUUGGAUUUUUUUACCCAAUUCUGUUGCUUUAAAAAAUAUAAGUAUUGGCAAAUGUAGUUAAUAAUCAUGUACAUUUAGUAUGUUCUACUGGUUAGUUUUUUUUAUUUACUCAGUAUUUAUUGUUUUUACCACUUCUAGAAAUUAUUCUAAGCCUUGAGAAUAUAAAAAUAUACAAAACAUCCCUGCCCAUAAGGAGAUGACAGUUUAUAUACUUAUGAUAUUAUAGAUGUCAUAAAAAGGCGUUCUAAUUAGGAUGUUAAUGUAGUUAUAAUUUUGCCCCUUAUAUAAUUAAAGAGUUGGAAAGUAUCAAGAAAACCAAGAAGAUAGUAUCUUAAACCAGAGGAAAUAUUAAGGAUGAUUUUCAAAAACAUAAUUCUGAAAAUAAAGUAGCACUGAAAAGGUAUCAAAGAUGGCAUUAAAAAAUUUCCCCUAUAGACAUUUUUCAUUAAAAAACUUUAGACAAAACAUGUUUUUACCUAGUAUUGGCUGGAUUUUUAGCCAUUCUCUCUGUACUUCCAGUGCAGACUGCAGCUUAGCACACAGAAGCAUAUAAUUCAUGUCAUCUAAUAACGGACAGGUUAUCCUAUAUUACACAAGAUGUCCAUCCCGGCAGUACUCCUUCUUCUAUCUCUGACCACAUAAACGAUUCCCAAAUAUGUCCCCACACAUGCACUCAAAGCGCAGCUCCACUCAACAGCCACCAUUCAGCAACAGCCUCAGCAUCACCUCAUCGUUUAGGGCAUGCUGAAUGGCAGGCACUGUAUUCAGGACUUCUGUGCAAUGGAGAUCAGUAUUAGGAACAGCAAAAUCCAGUGCAGUACUCCUCUCGUUGUCAUAGCUCUUGGAAAUGUGGUCAGCAAGCAGGUUAUUGAUGACAAAACCACUCCCAAUGAGCAGUUCUAGGCACUCUGCUUUUGCCCAUCUGCUGUUGAGUGAAUUGGCGUUAGCCCACAUUUCCAGAUUGCAUGCUUGGAUGUUAUUGGGAUAAGAUAUUUCGGUGCAAGAUAAUGUCCCUCACAGGCAGCUCGGUGUAAAGGAAGAUGCCCUUUUCUGUUAGGUACAUGUUUGCUUCCUCCAUAUCCCGGCAGGAGAGAAAUGCAGUCAGGAUUGCCCCCUCCUGCUGCCUCAAACAGCAGUAAUGUCCCAUCAUUCGCCAAAGCAGACACAUGACCGUCUUUGAGGAUUAGGUGUUCAGCACAUCACAGAGACCAUACCCAGCAGUAGCACCUAAUGGUGUGACUCCAAACUGUCUCAGGCAACAUUGCCAGCAGAGCUAUGAGAUCUUUUUAAAAUAUAAAUAUGUACAUAUAUUACAUAUAUAUAUAUAUAUUUAUUUCAGAGGGGAAAGGAGAGGAAGAGCAAGAGAGACAUCAGUGAUGAGAGAAAAUCAUUGAUCAGCUGCCUCCUGCACACCCCCUACUGGGGAUGGAGCUUGCAACAUGGGUAUGUGCCCCAACUGGGAAUCCAACCGUGACCUCCUGGUUCAUAGGUUGAUGCUCAACCACAGAGCAAUACCAGCCAGGCGUAGGUCUUCGUAGCCUUGUUUGGCUGCCUCAUGCAUGGCCAACAGCUGUUGACACAGGGCUGGUCAAGGCUGGUGGUGUGUUUGAGCUGAGCAGACACCAUGUUAUAGGAGCCCUUUUUUACAACUUGAAGAUUUUAAAAAGAACAAUGGACAGUAGGCCUAUUAACAUGAAUAUCUCAGAUGAUAUUAAACAAGUUACCAAAUUUAACAUCAAAAGAGAUGUUAGCUAUUCCCUUCUACAAGAGAAUAUUGUAUUUUUUGUACCCCUUCCAUUUCUUAUAUCCAAAUUUCUACUGAGGAGUGUCAGCAUGCAGGAUAAUACCUUCUCUUUAAGACCCCAAUCUGAGCAGGUUCAAGGGUUGCAUGAAAAAUAGUACACAUUGCUAAGAUGUUGCAUAUAAUCUUUCUAAAUUUUAAUGUCUUCAUUAACAAAAUAAAAAUAACAUUCACUGUUGGAUUGUAUAAAUUAAAUAGUGUAUGUAAAAUGUUUCGUAUAUACUAGGAGUGCAGUAAAUGAUUACUGUUGUUAGUAAAAGUGCCGUUUCAUCACUUCUAGGAUCCUGGAACCACAUGUGUAAAUAAGGUUUAUCAAGUUCUUCCCCCUUUACAAAGAGGCGUGGUGUUUUUUUCUUCUCAUGCUCUUAAUGGGAGUUUAGCACUAGGAAUGCUUAGAAUCUAGGUAGGCCAGUUCUAAACAGAUGAAGCAGAUGACAGCUAACGUACUACCAUUUCAGAGGUUUUCUAAACCAGCUAUCUCUUUCCCCCACUGCUUGUCGCUAGUGCCUGAAAUUACACUGUUUAAAGUGUUUUCCCCCUUUAGAUUAAUACCAGAUUUUCCCUGCUUAGAUAUAACUAUUUCUAAAAAAGAUAAUGCAUUUUCUCUUAUCAAAAAGGGGGAAGAGGAGAGGACAAAGAGGGCAGGAGAGAGAGGGGAGGGAGGGAGCUACUUACUAAUAUUACUAACCUAUAAUUAACAAAUGAAUUAAUGUGUUAUUUCAUGUUCAUAUUUGUUGCCCUCUAUUCUAAGAAUCAUCCUCUGAAUUUAUAUAUAAAUUACAAAUUUCAUUAUACUCUGAAUGUAGCCAUUCUCAACUGAAUUUUAGAAUAUUCUGCAGUAGAAUGUGAGAAAGUAAUAGAACCAACUUUCUUAAAGUAUGUUGAACCGAUGUUAUUAUUCUAUGUAGUAUUUAACAUUCUCUGCUGCUUUUAGGAUGAUGAUGGUUUAACUUCAAGAGAGUGACUGUUUCCUCAGACAUCUCAUUUCCUUAUCAUUGUGCAGUUUUUAACAACAAAAUUUACCAUAUUUUCAUCUGUUCUUUAGAUGUUGUAAUGUGCUAAUUUGAAACAGAAGUAACAAUGGUGUUUAAAAUUAUUAAGUCAUUUGGUAUCGCCAGUGUUUUCCCACUACCAUAUUUUUUUACUAGUAUGUCCUUUUCCUCUAGUCCACCAUAGAGGACACAGAGUACAAAUGAGUAGUGAGUAGCCAAAAUUGGAGAAAGAAAAUAGGGGUACUUAUUAAGAUGGUGAGAAAGCCAGGUGGAGCAUGGAAAAUAGCAUCCCAGCAACAGAGUAGACUGGAUGGGGUUCUGUGGCAUCAGAAACUCCCCCUGCUACAGUCAUGUCAGCCUUCUCUCUCACUGUUAACCAUUGUAUUGUAAGAGUUAAUGCAUGUGAGCAUUUAGUUUGAGUUAUCUUAUUGAAGGAGUUUAUAUUGCUGAUUCUCUUCAGCUGGUCAGAUGCCUUUGAGAAGUUAUUUUAAACAAUAAAGUGUUAAGAAUAAUGUGAGAGGUGCAGCUAUUUAAUGCUGAGAAGACAUGAAUAGAUUGCCCGGAAGUUUCAUUGAAAAAAAACUGGGACCUUUUUCACAAGUCUCCUACUGCAAAGAAAGGAUACUAAGUAUUAUAGUAAAUUUUGUCACUAAAGUAAAAAUCAAGAAUUUAUAUAAUAAGGGAUGAUUUUUCACUUUAAAAUUUGGGCGAUUUGGCGUUCUUGAUACCUUGAAGGUCUCCAUACCUAUUAGUAUUGUGAAUGCCUGGAACAUGUAAUGUAGUGCUUGCCACAGUGGUUCAACACUCUGAUCUUUUUAGUAUUCAUAUUUUAUAUAUUAACAGUGAUGGGGGCAAAAUGGCAACAAAAAAGGUAUGUUUCUAUUUGUGGCUUUGCUUGCUUGUUUGAGGAAAUACAGGGUUUACUUGCACAGACUGUUAACUACAGGGAAAGGUUGUCUUCAUGUUGCAAGUUCUGUGUUCUUGCCAGUGUUCAUUGGGUGACAUUUUCACCUGCUGGUGCCUGAAGUUAGUGUUUUACAACCUCAACAACUCAAACAUCCUGGUGCUACUCAUUUAGCAUUGAGUGACGUUUUUACUUCCUGUACCAAAGAGUUAAUUUUCUUUUUGGUUGACUGAGAGUUUCCUUCUCACAUCCUUGUGUUUAUAAAGUAAAGUUUAAUGUUACUAAGUACAAUUUUGAUUAACAGAUCUUAGUUUUUACACACUGCUGCCUCAAUUUAAUUGGUUUUAAAGGUCUCUCAUUUGAACUUUUUUUUAGUUAGGCAGAUUAGUAUGGUUUUUUAUUUUGUAUUUUAAUACAGGUUGACUACUGUAAAAGUUUAAUAGGUUGAAGUUGCAAAAGAUAAAGCACUUUUCACAAGCUAUUUUAGUUUUGCUUUAUUUCUGCAGGAAAAAAAUGAGAAAUAAGAAGUCUACCUUUAUUUCUAUAAGUGAACUAUCUAGCUUAUCGGGCCCUUUUAAUGAAUGCUGAAGCAAAAUGAUAAAGUGCAAAGGUAAGGGCCCUUUCUGAUCACAAAUGAAGAACUCUGCUUCUUGCUCUGUGUAAUCCUUAAUGCCAUUAAAGAGUGAUACUGUCAUUUGUCUAUUUUGCAAACAAGGUUAGAAUUAAAGAACACUUUAAAAAUAUACAUAUGCCAGGGUGUCCCAAAAAUGUAUACACACUUUGAAUAAUGAUUAAUUCUAAUUGGCUAAAUCUGAAAAGAAAGAAAAAUCAAUUGAGCUGUCAGCUGUUAAGUGUGUAUACAUUUUUGGGGACACCCUGAUUAUAUAAACACUUCCAAAGAGGAAAUGCAAAUAUACUUGAUUUAAGCAAAACUGUAAUAGAAAAUUGAACUUUACAAAAAAGGUCUCUAUGCUGUUAUUCACUUUACAUAAAAAAUUAAGAGUAAGAGUAUUUUAAAAACUUAAUUCUUCUCAGUAAUUCAUUUUAUAAAAAAAAUGGAAGAAAUAAAAACACCUUAGAAAAGUACAUAUAAUUGUCCAAAUGUAAUAUUGCUAUGUAUACUAUUCUGGUUUUCUAUGUUUCCUAAAACUUUCAAAAUAUUCAUUGGGGACCUUAAAACUGUGUCUGAAUUUGUUAAAAAUUCUGGCAAGAAGAUAACAGUAUAUAUAUAUUGGAAAAGUAGACAGUCACAUUUGAGAAUGUUUUGCAUCAUUUUCACUCAACAAAUAUUCUCUCAUUGAAUGUAGAUACAAUAUAUGGAUUUGCAGUGAAUUCUGAAUGGGAAAAAGAAUCAGGUCUGAAACUUACAUGAAACAUGACUUAGGAUCAUUUGAAUGAUAUGUAAGAAUACAGAUAUACAUGUCAUUAGCGGUAAAAGCAAAAUUUGAAAGCAAAAUGGGAAGAAGCAACAAUAUGUCUCUCUGUCAACAAUAUAUUUCUUAGAUUUUGUUGCCACAAUAUUAGUACUGAGUUAUUCAGCUUGUUAAUGCGUUAUUUAAAUUAAUGUGGCUGAAUGCAGUUAUUUAUUCAAGUGAUUGGGUAGUAGAGAGUUCACCACUAUCCUCUGUCUUCCAGAGAUGAAUAUUAAAAAGACAUUUCUACUGUAGCAUCGGUACAUUAAAGCAGAGAUGCUAAGACUUGAGUUGCGGGUCUACGGGAGAACAGGGUAGGCUUUGGGCGGACUGAGCACAGGUGAUUGUGCUUGUAGGAGCUUUAUGCCCCUGGAAUUAGCCUUUAAAAAAAAUAUAACAAGUUUAAUGAUUAGGCAGAAUCUGUGAUAUUUUGAGACUUCCAGAAUUGUGUAUCAACCUCAAAUUGUGUCUAUAUAUCCCUAAAAUAAAGGACAUUUAUUUUAAUAAUGGUAUGUUCCAAGUGCCAUAUAAAGAUCCCAUUUUUGUUUUUGUAUUUAUUUUUAUUGUUGACAGCAUUGCAGAUGCCCCCCUUUUUCCCCCAUGACCCCUUUUAGCCCAUCCCCACCCCCUGCCCAGGCCUUCACCACUCUAUUGUCAGGGUCCAUGGGUUAUGCAUAUAUCAUACAAGUUCUUUGGCUAAUCUCUUCCCACCCACCCCUGGCUUCCCUCUGAGAUUCCACAGUCUGUUUCAUGCUUCUAUGUCUCUGGAUCUAUUUUGUUCAUCGGUUUAUUUUUGUUCUUUAGAUUCCACAUAUGAGUGAGAUCCUGUGAUACUUGUCGCUCUCUAACUGUAUAAAGAUCUCAUUUUUAAGUGAUUCAGGCAGUUAUUUCGUUCGGUGCAUAUGUUUACAUCUGAGUGCUAAUGCCACAUCGUCUUUGUUACCUUGUCUGCUCCCCUAAGAUUACUUAAAGUCUUCACUACCAUUUCCAGUGCUGAAGGUGAUGCUAAUGGUAAAUAUGGAAAAUGGUUGAGAAGUAAGAGACUGGAUUGAGAAGAGGGAGGGAAAAAAGGACAAGUGUAAGCCAUGUGUCUGAGAUAUACUUGUUUAAAUGAAGAGUCUACACUGGUUCUUAAAAUGAAAAGCAAACUAUGUACCUACCUUAAGAAUAAUGUUGUUGUUUAAUUUAUGUUAGUGAUUUAGUUUUAUUCUUGUAAUAGUUCUAUUUUUCUUUGAAGAUUGUUUUUAAUUUAAAUUGUGGAAUUUUUACUUCUCUUAAAGGUAUUAUGUAAUGUAUUUUUAGAAAUCUUAUUUUUAAAUAAAUAUUUUUUAAAAACAUA